AACCCGCCACCUAAAUAUUUUAAUCCGUACUUCAAGGGAAGUAACUUUUGUCAGAAGCAUGCUUAUAACAACUUCAUACAAUUUAAUAGACAAAUAAAAUUGCCAAGAAGGCUGAAGGUGUCUUGGCAUCACUUACCAAGUCCUUUGGGAACCGCUCUCUGUCAAUCUAUCUGAGGCCUUAUAUAGCUAUGGUGCGGCCUCACCUGGAAUUUGGUGGUGGUGCUGGUGGUGCUGCUGAUGAUGAUGAUUUUGGUCGUUGUGAUGAUUGCCCGCCUCCAGAUUGUAGUCAGUAUUCUUUGUCUAGAAAGAUGUCUGACCAUAAUCUUGUAAGGGAAGUAUUAAAUAUCAGACGAUGUGUGUGAACCCAGCACUUAUACAGAUAAGCACUUGUUAAAUUCGCCAUGACAAAUUACACGAUUACUUUCCAGUCAGCAAAGAGAUAUAUUUUAUCUAAUAUAGAUGUAUAAAGGAUCGUAUUAAACAUGGAUAUACUAAAAUAAAUAUAAGGAAAGAUGAUAGAAUACAAAACAUUGUGAAUAUGUAACAUCACGUCUGCAAUCCCAAAAUGUGUUAUUCGUGAUAAAGUAUAAUCAACUCAAAAUUAAAGAAGUAUAUCUUAAAAAUUAGUACACAUCGUUGACAAAUUUCUUUAUUUCUGUUUUUAUGGUUUAAAAGGCACAAAACAUCGUUAGAUUUUAUUCCCUUUCAAAGGACAGUCAGACAGUAUAGCUUACUUCGCAAUAGAACGUCUAUUAGUUUUGUAUGACAGAAAAGAUUAAUUUAGAAAAUAAUUGGUCCUUUAUCAUAUAUAGUUUCUUAAUCGUUCAACCGUUUCAAUUGUUUGUGAAAUAUUUUUCAUUCUCAAUAACAGCAAUAUCAUGGCUUUGGUAGUGAAUUUUUGUGAACAUUUUUAUGAAAAAUUGCCUGAUUUAAAGAGUUUCUUCUUCAAUGUUGUAUUCCGUGCACAAAAUGUGGUGACUCUGAAAGAACUGGAACAAAAUCCUUCACUCUGUGAGAAGGUUGUUGGUUUGUAUGUAAAUUCGGACCUAAAUAGAAACCAAGAAUUCCUUGAAUUACUUGAGAAGUUAGUAAAUCUUAAAAUUAUUUCCUUCCUUGGAAUUGGUUUCGAUAGUGUUGAUACUGAAUGGGCUAAAUCGCGUGACAUUAGGAUUGGCCAUAGCACCCAGGAUGGAGUUACUGCAGCCAAUUUUGGAAUGACUCUAUUAUUAGCAAUGUCAAGGAAAAUCGUUCAGUGUGCUGAAUAUUUUCCGAAGACAUUGAAAAAAAAAUUGUAUCCACCAGAACUUAUGGCACAUGACGUCACAGGAAAUUCGAUUGGCAUAAUUGGAAUGGGAACCAUUGGCUACAAGCUGGCAAUCAGAGCUCAUGCUUUUGAAAUGAAGGUAUUGUAUCAUCAGAGGAGACAAAGAUCCAAAGAAGAAGAAGCAAAAGUGGAUGCUCAGUUUUAUAGUAGCUUAAUGGACAUGUUACCAUUGUGUGACUAUGUUGUGAUUACCUGUGCCUUGACACCACAAACAUAUCAUUUGAUUGGUCACAAGGAACUGGUUGUAAUGAAGAAGACUGCAACUUUAAUCAAUAUUGCCAGAGGAGACAUCAUUGACCAAGGUGCUCUUGUUGAGGCAUUGGAAUCAGGAAGGAUUGCAGGAGCUGCCCUGGACGUCACUACACCUGAACCCUUGCCAACUAACCACAAGCUUUACAACUUCCCAAAUGUUAUCAUUACACCACACUGUGCCACAAACACAGCUGAGACGAUGAAAGAAAUUCGUGAGACAGCUUUCAAAAACAUGGAGCUAGGUCUCCGUGGAGAGCCAAUGUUGUCUGAGGUGAAGCUAGAUUAGAAUCAGAAACAUCAUGAUCAACUAGGAACACCUGCAUAAUGAUGGUUUUAAAUACAAUAAGGAAGAAGAAUAACAACAACAAAGACGGCAACGCAGUUAAUG